AUGGCGCCCGCCACGCUAGUUGGCGCGCGAGUUUUCCGGCAAGGGGUGUGCGCGUCGCUGAAUGUCGGUGCACUCGAGCGCGCGAGUACUAGCAGCGCGUGUCGUUCCGUCGGUACCCGCGCGCUCGCCGCUGCAGCAGCCGCGUCCGUGGCCGCUGACGCCAGGGGGUUGGAGCAGGGAGGCGCGCGUCUCUCCGUGCGUGCGGCAAGCCGUGCGGCUCCAGGAGGCCCGCUUCAAGCAAACAGUGGCGGCGGCGGCGACAGCAGCGAGGGAGCGGGCCUUGGGCGAGGGCGCAUCGCGGGGUGGGCGUGCGUUGAGCGGUGCGGCGCGUGCUGCCAGCUGGAUAAGGGCGAGCUGGCGCCGCCCAUCGAGACAAUUCUGCGCGACCCGAGCGAGCUGGCGGUGAGGAGCCGGGGCUCGUGGCUGGAUGCUAUCGCGCCGCUUCUUGUCCGCUGCUCUCCCAGCCGUGUCAUCGCGCCCCUCGAACUGCCCGCCUCCCUUCUGCCCAUUCCGCCCCUUCUUGCGUUCGCUGCGCGUUGGAUUGCGGUGGCGCCGUGUGUGGCAGGUGUACCGCAGCAUGGUGGGGGCGGACGGCACGCAUCCAUGCGUCAAUCCCCACGGGCAGUGCGGCAGGAUCCAUGCGUGCACCCCCUGCCUUCCCCCAUCCCUGCCUCCCACGUGCAUCCAUCUCGCCUGCCUCCAGCCCGCCCUCGCUUCUGCCGAGUGGAGGCGGAUGUUUUUUGGGACCUCUACCGCAUUGCACCGCAUCAACUUGCAGCCACGGCGGGAAGGUGUGCAGGGAGCACGGGUGGUAUGUGGGGUGCUACUGUGUGGACACAGGGGACGUGA